CAUUGGACGACCCGCUCUCUUUCUCUGACUCUCCUUAUCUUUUGAGAGAAAGGUUAAAAAUUAAAUAAAACAAAACCAAAUAAUCAUUAAAAAGAAAAACAAAAAUUGAAAAAUUUCUUUUCUCUUUCCUAUUUCUCCCUCCUACCCCAAACUACAAAACCCACGUUCACAAAAAUCCCAUUUUCAAAAUUUCACAUUUUUAAAAUCCUUCUUCAACUUUGUACAAAAAGGAGUAACUGUUGUUUGUCUAAUCUGGAUUGGAUCACAAGGUUCGUUUUUUUCUUUUCUUUCCUUUUCUACUUUGAAGAAGAGUUGGAGAGAAAGAGAAAGGGAGGGGUCUUUGGUGGGGUUAACUGCUUGAAAAAUCUCUUCUUUCUUUUUUGGGAGCAAUCUUUGGUUGCUUAGAAGAAAAGAAGAAAGAAAGAAGGAAAAGCUAGUCUUGGGGUUGAUAGCAUAUUUUGACUUCUGACGCAUGGCGGGUAUGGAUGUUUCAAAGUAUGCACAUAGCGGAGUGCACAAGGCUGUUGCCAUGAGGGAUUGUGCCAGUCUCAGGAGGAUACUCGCAUCUCUCCCACGUCUUGGUAACCCGGCUGUGAUUCGAACAGAAGCUGCGUCAUUAGCUGAAGAAGAGAAGGCUGAUGGGAUCUCUGCUGUGAUUGAUAGGCGGGAUGUUCCUAACAGGGAUACCCCUCUUCACUUGGCUGUUAAACUUGGUGAUGAAACUGCAACCGAAAUGCUUAUGGUUGCCGGUGCUGAUUGGAGCUUGCAAAAUGAACAGGGAUGGAGUGCACUCCAAGAAGCAAUUUGUAAUAGAGAUGAAGCUAUUUCUAUGAUUAUUGUUCGACAUUACCAGCCAUUGGCAUGGGCAAAAUGGUGUAGAAGGUUGCCUCGCUUGGUAGGAACUAUGCGAAGGAUGAGAGACUUUUACAUGGAAAUCACAUUCCAUUUUGAGAGUUCUGUGAUACCUUUCAUUUCCAGAAUUGCUCCUUCAGAUACAUACAAAAUUUGGAAGAGGGGUGCAAAUCUGAGAACUGAUAUGACUUUGGCUGGAUUUGAUGGAUUCAGAAUUCAGCGUUCAGAUCAGAGUAUUCUUUUCCUUGGUGAUGGCUCCGAGGAUGGGAAGGUUCCUCCUGGAUCACUUUGUAUGAUUUCACACAAGGAUAAAGAGGUGAUAAAUGCUUUGGAUGGUGCUGGUUCUCAAGCAACUGAGGAAGAGGUUCGACAAGAAGUGGUUGCAAUGUCUCAGACGAAUAUAUUCAGGCCUGGGAUAGAUGUUACACAGGCAGUUCUUUUGCCACAAUUGACAUGGAGGCGACAAGAGAAAACAGAAAUGGUUGGUGCCUGGAAGGCUAAGGUGUAUGAUAUGCACAAUGUUGUUGUUAGCAUCAGAUCUAGGAGGGUGCCCGGGGCCAUGACAGAUGAUGAGUUCUUUGCAACUUCCAAUGAAAAUGAAACAGAGAGUGAAGAUCUUGAUGAGAUCUUGACAGAAGAUGAAAGGAAACAACUUGAAGUCGCUCUUAAGUUGGAUUCUUCAGAAAUAUCCAAUGAGAAUGGUGAUGGCAUUAUCGGGCAUUGCCAUAUUUGUUAUGAGUCUAGGGAAAUUUCUAUUGCUGAGUCCAAUGGUUAUAAAAACGGGGAGACUAAGCAGGAAAAGAAAGGAUGGUUUGGUGGAUGGAGGAAAUGGGAGUCGAAGCAUGAAGUGCAGAGGAAGAUUGUGCCACCAAGAAGUUCUCUCUGUGUAGAUGAAAAGGUGAGUGACUUACUAGGAGACUCUCCAUCUGGUAGUCAGAUCAAACCUGGUAGACAUUCUGCGGAGAUUGUGGUAAGGGAUGAUCAUCGGAGGAUAAGAGAUUCAAGAACAUCUACUUCAAGAACAUCUACUUCCAUGAGUUCAGAGAGUGGUAAUCGACGCAAGGAUAGUGGCCGUCAAAACGAGUAUAAGAAAGGAUUGAGGCCUGUUCUUUGGCUUUCUCCAAACUUCCCACUGCAAACUGACGAACUCCUGCCAUUGCUAGACAUUCUUGCAAACAAGGUCAAGGCAAUUCGUCGGUUAAGAGAAUUGCUCACUACAAAGCUUCCAGCAGGAACCUUCCCAGUCAAGGUUGCUAUCCCAGUGAUUCCAACAAUCAGAGUAUUGGUUACUUUUACAAAGUUUGAAGAACUGCAACCGGUGGAUGAGUUCUCGACACCCCCUUUAAGCCCCACUGGCCAAGAAAGCCCUGCAGUGAUGCAUUCCUCAAGUUCAUCUUGGUUUCAGUGGUUAAAGACACCAUAUCACCGCCCUAGCCCAACCAGUCAUUGCUACAAUAAGAUAGAAGAUCUUCAAGAUCCAUUUGCAAUACCUCCAGAUUACACUUGGAUUACAGCUGAAGCAAAGAAAAAGAAGAUGCGAGAGAAGAGCAAAUCAAAGAAAGGUAAGAGUCAGAAUCGUUGAUCCGUAAAAUUGCAUUUCUGUUAAUGAAGAAAAAGGAAAUAAAAAAAUAGAUAAUUGGGGCUGUGUUCUAAAAACUGUGGAUAUUCCCUUCUAUCAUGGGAAAAUUUGGUAUAUCUUUGUGGGGAUUUAAAAAAAGGUGAAGAAAGACAUGAUUCUUACAGCAUUUGGUUGGCAUUUGGUGGGAUGUUACACUCUUUGCAUUACUGAUUUAUAUCUUUACGUGUGACUAACUUUUGACAACAGUUACUGACAGAAUUGGCAAAAUUUUAUUUCUGGCAGCAGAAUCAUUUUUUUACUGUUCCCUUAGUUUUAUUAUUUUUGUAACCAUUUAGAUAAUUUUUUUUGUUUCAUACAAUGAGGUCGCAAUCUGAAGAUACGGAAAAUGGUUUCAGAUACUUAUAUUUGAAUUGUAAACAUGUUGGAUGUCAUUUUUCAAAAUUGUUGCACGAAUUAAUUGAGUUAAAUUUUGAAGUUUUAGAUAAUUUAUUUUAAGAGGCCGUUAAGUAAGUUU